UGUUUAAUCUGUGGAUAAAACGGUAUUUUACUGUAAUAACAAAAUUUAGUAAUUCCCGCCGUUGCCCUCCUAUUUUAAACGUCCAUAGAGUGGCGCUGUUGAGCAGCUUGUCCUACUGCGGGUCUUCACAAGCAAAAGCAGAAGGCGGAGAGUUCAAUCUGAUUCAGACUCAUGCUGACUGGAUGGACACAUAAUGUUGUCGCUUGUUUGGACAGUUACGCUGUAAUCUUCGUUUUCCUACUGUCCGGCUCGUAAAGAAUUAAUUUACACAUCCAGGAACGGACACAGCGAUGAACUCUGGAAGCAACCGAGAACAUUUACCUUGGAAACUUUGAGCAUUUCCAGCGAUGGACAAACAAAAAGUGCUGGCCCGGCUGGUUUCGGACCUGCAGGCGUUCCUGUUGGUUCUGGACAGUGAGAAUCUCAGCUAUAUCGCUCAGGCCCAGAAAAAAUCCAUCUCAGAGCUGCUAUCUAAACUGCAGGACAAUAAGGACACACCAGCAGAGGAUGCGGAGUACAUGAUUAUGAACUGUCCCUCUGGAGGCCCCAGUGAUCUCAGGAAAAGCACCACUGCAGAGACUGAUCUCACAGAAGAACCUCUUUCAAACACCUCUACUGAAUGUCUGCAGUCAGGGCCUGUGGGUCCUGCUAUCCCCCCAAACCCUCUGUGUUUAGAGGAUGAGGACUGUUACGAGGAGGCAGAACCUUUUGUCCUGGCCAGUCAAUCUACAGAUAAAGUGGACUCAGACAGUAGUCACUACGAGUCGUAUGGUGAAGAGGAGGAUGAGGAGUUUGUGAAGGACAGAGCUCAUUACAUCCAGUGGAGCUCCUCUCAGCCCUGCUUAAGACCCGUCCCAGAGUCACGCAUCUGUGGAUACGUGUGGAGGAAGAAGUGGCUGGGCCAGUGGACACGCCAGCUCUUCAUUAUUAAACACAACUCACUACUGUGUUUUAAGUGUGCUAAAGACCUGCAGCCUCUACUGGAGCUCAACCUGACAGGUUGCUAUGUGGUCUACAAAUCCAAGCACAGUAAGAAAAUGCAGCAUGAGCUAAAGGUGGUGUCCGGUGCUGAAACACUCAUCAUGGGCUUCCAAAGUGGCACACAGGCGGAAGAGUGGAGGAAGAUUAUUGAAGAAGUGAGUGGCUCCUCUUACUAUGAGCCUGAAUCGCACAGCUCCUCAUCUAUUCUGAAGAGUGAAAGGCUGGACUCUUGCAGGUCAAGUACAGUCCUCCAUACAGAUUCAGAUGAAGAGAAACUCUCUGGUCUUCCAUCUGCAGUUAGCAGUGUGGAAAUCAAAGACAGAGACCGAGCGGCCUUCCUGAAUGUUUUGAUGAACUGUCAGUGGCAAAGUCUGUGGUGUCGGGUGGAUGAGGGUGUUCUGAAGAUGUGUCGGGAUGAGGCGUCAGAGGAGACACCUCAGUACACGGUUCAGCUCAGAGGGAGUGAGGUCCGACCCGGCCCGGAUACAGCACAUGCUUACCGCAUUACCAUCAUACAGCACGGAGACCAAGUGGCUGUACUGGAGGCCAGUUGUGCAGAUGAUAAAGAACAGUGGGUUCAACUCCUGCAGGAUGGGAGUUCCACUGCAGCUGCCUCUCCAUAUGAACACAGCAGCCACGAGUCACUGAGUGGUCUGAAAAGCCGCAGGUUCCCCACCUCAAACAUGUACAUGGAUGACCCCUUUCAGCAGCUCUGCGGUGCAGUUCACUCUCAGCCCAUUUAUUCAAACUCAUCCAUACUAGAGCACAUGUUUCAGAAACCCUACACUGGUGGAAAUGGAGAGUUGGUGUCAUCCAAGGAUUCUGCCAACUACAGCAAUAAUGAAAUUUUCAGCAACCACAGUACGAAAGUGUUUGAGAUCGAGAGGAGUGUGCAGAAACUGGACCUGACAGGAAAGAGACGUGUGCACUUGCGGGCAGGGUCAGAGGUUAACCUUGUCAGUGUGGGGACAAAGCCAGCUAAACGAAACUCCUUCAGACGGUCCCUCGCUUUCUGCACUGAACGAGCACAGGGAGGGUUCCUGACUCCACUCUUAAGAAGAACUGCCUCAGCAAAAAACACACUAAAGAAAGUGCCAUCUGCCCUGUUUAUUGAGCAUGACAGGGUCUUUCAAAGGAGGAAGGAGUGGGAAACCAAAGCACCAGGUUGACAUCAAGACACUUCUCUCACACAUUCCUCUCACAUUGUCAGUAUAUUAUUGCACUGAAAAUAUGAUUAUUUCCAAGCAUGUGGACCAUGCAGUUGUUUGGAUUUUUGAAGUUUGGUCUUCUCUUUUUUUGGUACUUGGUACUAUUAGGAUAAUAAAUACUGAUCACAGAACUCCUUUAGUACCAUAUUCUGUCCAUAAACAAACUCUGCAAACACAGAGCGUUGCAAGAUUGUUAGCGUGCAAUUUUGCAAAACAUCUUGUGAUUUGUUGUAAAUGCCUAAUGCGAUGUUGCUGAUGUACAUUUCUUUAAAAAAUAAGAUACAUUUUAAUCCAACAUUCCAGGUAUAGAAUAACUCUGUCUAGAGAAUGGUGCAUUUACAUUUUUGUUUGGAGUUUUACAUUUAACAAAGUCUAUCAUCAAAGCAUAUAUUUAUCCUUAUGUAAAUCACUUAUGUGACUUUGCACUAUUUUGAACUAGACCUAAACUGUUUGCGGUUUUCAGGAAGGCACUGCCACAGUCAGGAAUCGUCAGUUUAAAGAUCAGACAGGAUGUGCUCAUAGUCAGUUGAUUAUUCAAGAAUAAUUACCUCUUUCUUUUUUAUUUUCACUAGACUCACAAAUCUGUGGUAAUUUAUCAGCAUUUUUACUCUGUAUAAUUCCAGUGCACAUGCAGUAUUUUAUGUGUUGUAGCUUUCCUAAUAAUGUGCCUUAACCAUGUUUUUAUCCAUGUUUUUUAUGCUCUUAAAUGAAGCAUUGAUUUGUCUUUGCAGUUAUUUUGUAUAGUUUGCUUGGUUGGUUAAAACGGGAUGGCCUAAUAUUGCAGUACAAAAAGAUGUCUGUGGUAAAGGAAAAACACCAAUGAUGAAAAUAAUUGUAUUUGUACAAUAAAGAAAACAAAG